AUGGCGACAGACGCGCAAUCCUCAAGACGUCCCAUCGAGGUUUCUUUCCCUCUGCCAAAGGGUCCAGAUACCCGCAUCCAUCUCCGCCUCACCAUUCAAUCCAUCUCCAUUCUCCUGUUCCUGACCACCACAACGAACGGCGAUACCUCCACAGCCGCUCCGAUGGGCUCUUUUGUCUAUGCUAUGCCAGACGUAGUUGCAAACCACAGAAGUCCGGAGGUCGCAUUACCAAAACUAACACCACGGCAGAGAUUGAACAAGGGCCAAACAUUAUCGACCCCUCUUUACACGCAAGAAUCCUCGGUAGACUUCACAACACGCAUUGCAAAGUUGCUGGCGCGAAAGACUGAACGGCCAGUCUAUGUAGGAAAUUCUAUAACCUUUGCUGGUGCGGGAAUGGGUGGCACGGUUGAGGAAGAAAUGGAGGGGUUCAAGAAAGUGGUCGAGGUCGUGAUGGAGGAAUUUCAGAAAAGCUGA